AUAUAAGAGUCUUAUCUCAAUUUCAUGUUAAUCGUUUGACACAAGGUUUCUGUAAGCUUCGAUGGGUUUAAAUUUAAAAUGUUUGAGCAGCAGAAGAGCUGCAGUCCGGUCCGGUAACCGAGCCCACUUGGCCUUUGGCUGAAGUCAAAGGUCAAUUUGUUCAUGAUGACGUCAGCACAGGAACAUGAAGUGAUUUAUUUAAUUACAAAAUAAUUAUAUCUAGUUUUUGAACCAAAUCAAGACAUUUAACUGAGGCAAAUAUAAAAGAUUCCACAUUUUUUAAGUUAUCAAUUUGGAACUCUUCAGUCUCCAUAGAUCAGCCAUAGAGGAAGGUCAGCCUGCAGCAUCUCAACCGUAUUUCCAUCCAGACUUUGACUAGGCCACUCCAGGCUUAGGUUUGGGUCGUUCCUGAUUAGCGCUUGGUGUUGCCUCUGUGUUUCUGUGGUUGCUGAACAGCAACGUGUUGCUAACGUCUCCAUUUCUGUGUCUUCCUGCUCAACCUGAUGCUUCUGGACGCCCAGCAGCUCUGAAGCAGGCGGGCAGCGAGGGAGAACUCUGCCCCGCCGACAGUCUGGGCUCUGCAGACAGCAGCAGCACCCUGGCUUCAUCCGUUAUAGAGGUGGAGACGGAACGGAGAGAACAGAGAGAUCUGGAGGAGGAGGAAGAUGAGGAGGAGGCGGAGCUUACCGGCCUCAGAGCUCCGCCCACGCUGUCCAUCACCGAGGAGAUCCUGGAGUUCAUCAACCAGAGCCGAGUCAUGGAGGGACUCUCCACCACGAACCAGAACCAGGAUCCUCCCGGUGAGGUCCGGUCUCCGGCUGACCCGACCGGUCCGCUGCCUCCCGUCGCCUCCAGUCCAGAGCAGAGACUCCUGGUUGAGCCAGACCAGGAAGAGGAAGACCUGAAGAACAGCAUCACCGACCGAGAUCCAGCUGACAAAGGUCCAGAUGGUUCUGGUGAGGCGGCUGGGGUCAAAGGGGAGGAAGCAGCUGAGACAGGACCAGGAAGUGAUGGUGAAGACGACCAAACCCCAGAGAAAUCGUCAUCAUCAGAUCUGCAGCCCCCCAUAGAAGAAAACACCGACCGCCUCAUGGAGACGGAACCGCAGAGUCCAGGUCCCAUCCAGCCUGGUCCCAUCCAGCCUGGUCCCAUCCAGAGGUACCAGGCUCCCAAAAGAAGCUCCACCCUCACCAACAAGGACAAGAAGAUCAUCGAGAAGAUCAGGAGCUACUACGAGGCCGCCGAGGCCGAGGAGGAGGAAGCUGAGGACGAAGAGGAGCAGCCAGAGGGAGCCACCACAAGAAGAAGAAGCAGUUUCUCCCAGAUCCCCUCCGGCUUGGUGAAAGACUCUGUGUCGCGUUUUACCGAGAGCGGACGCCAGGUGGAGGCGGCGAGCGCGCAGCCCACGCUAGACAACGUGAAGGCAACCGAGGAAUCCAGAUCCGGUUCUUCCUCCCUUCCAGCCGACGUAGAGGAGCCGCUGAGGUUUCCGGAGGGGGAACCGGAGAGUCCGGGCCGCCCGUCCCGACCAAGUCAGAACCCGGAGCCCGGAGCAUGUCCUGAACCGGAGACCCAGGAGGUCUGCAGAGGUUCUCCAGAGGAACCGGAGGAGGGAAAGAAUGUGGCUGUGGAGACCACAGAAGAAGAAAGCUUGGCUCUUCCUGAGCAUCCUGAGAAAAAAGACAAAGGAAGAACCAUCGAGCCCCAACCGGGCCAGGCAGAACCCUCCAUACACGGGCCGCACCAGGAACCGGGCCAAACAACCACACAGGCCAGAACCCAGUCCACCUGGUCCACAACCAAAACCAGGGACCCAAACCUGACGGAGAGCCCGGAGCGGUUCCCCAGUCAGAGCAAAGUGGGUCGGUGGUCCCGCCACUCCAAGAUCGUCAGCGCCAACCGGGCCCUGUUUGAGGGGAUGGGGUCCGACGUCACCGGUAUCGGCCUGUUUGAGACGAACCCGGUGGUGGACCCGGUUCUGAUGGAGAACUCUGAGCGUAUUCUCAGCAAGGUCCAAACCCUGGCCCGCAUGUACAGCGCCAAAGCCAGCGCCAUGAAGGUACCGCUGCUGCACAAACGGGUCAGCAUCAUCAGAACCCAAGCAUGGGUCUCACCGAGGCUGUCAGAACUUUCUGCUCAGAACCGGGACAAAAGUCCAUCACAGCACGAAAAAGAGACCGAAGCCCAGACUGGUUCUGAAACCAAAACAGAGACCCACGCCUGCAACGGGCCCAUCCAGAACCAGAACCAAGCUAUGAUCCAGGAGGGAAGGCCAGAACCCAGGACAGACGUGCUGCAGCAGGAAGAGGCGUGGCCCAGUGUGACCCGGACCGUGGACCAGCAGAACUUUCUGCUCGGACCCAGAGGCUUCACCUGCUCCAGGACACCAGGAGAAGGUGAUCAGAACCAGGCCGUGUCCUCCAGAACCGGGCCGCAGCCUGAGGAGCCGCAGGAAGCAGGCGGCGGGCCGGACCGGGACGAAGGGCGCCGUGUGGACGCAGCUGGAGGACGGCAGACGUCUGCAGACGUCUGCGCUCCGCCGGCGGUCGCCGGGGGAAGCGGACCCGACCGAGACGCGGCGGCUGGACGCCACGAGGCCGACGAGGCGGGUCGUUCUGAGUCGAUCCCAAGAGAGUCCAGAACCACCGAGGAACCGGGCCCGAGUGAAGAACCGUCCCCAGAAGAGACGCAGAGGGAGGACGGGUCAGGACCGGCCGGAUCCACUGAGCGGCCGGACCCGGUCGACCCGGUGGACCUUAAGAUCGCCGCUGGUCCUCAGAAAGACGAAGCUCCGCCCAGUCCGUGUUUGGCCGGGGUCCACCGGGCCUCAGCGGUACCGUGGGAGCACAGGAAGCCAGACGAGCCGCUGUCUGAAUCGCCCCUCAGGACAACAAGCACCGUCCCCUCAGUCUUCAACGUCAGCGUCCUCCAUCGCUCCCCUUCUCCUCUAAGAUCUGCCAGCGCCUCCGCAGUCCGAGCCCCUCCCUGCUCCUCGCCCUUCAGGCACAUCCCAGGGUCCUCCCCUACUCCAGCAUCUCCUGCAGUCUUCUCCUCAGCUCUGUCCUGUUUGUCCCCCAGUCUCUCUGCCGUUUCCUCUGUCAGAAGCCCAACUCCAUCUCUUCCUGUGUGUGGAAACGCUUCAUCAUCAAGAGGAACAGCUUCCUCUCCAACGCCUCCCCUCCAUUCUCCAACUUGUUCCUCCUCAGCGUUUUCCAGAUCUCUAGCUGCCUCACACAUCAGCCAGUCCAUCAGUCAGAGUAUGUCUAAGAAAGGACAACAAGCGCCGACCAUAAAGCUGAUGAAUCCGAGUCCUUCCUCCACUCCGGAUCUGCGACGGCGCACACCUUCACCGAACCCUCCUGCAGCUCAGCUCGGCCCGGCGCCGGCUUAUACCCACCUAGGGUGCACUAAGGAGGGGUACCAACAUCCCAGAUGUCCCCCGUCCUCGGUCCGGUCCUCAUGUCUGUCUCCACCUUCGGUUCCUCACUGCCCUCCCUCUCCGUCAGCAGGCCUUCGUCAGCCUCGCUGCUCCUCCCCUUCACCACGGCCUUCCUUCCUUCACUCCAAAAGUGCUUCACCACAACUUGGCAAGAAGAACAGCAACAACAACAACUCUGCUGGGUAUGUAGGGGACGCUGUCAGUAAUGGAGGCUGCUUCGGGGCUGAUGGCCGUACCGAACCCCUCCAGAGUCAGUAUCCUCUGUGGUUCGGAUCUCACAACCGUGUAGCGCGGCCAUUUUCUGCGUCUGAACCCAGCUCACGAGUUCAAUCUCCAACUCCCUCCCCAACUCCAGCAUCAUUUGUUCGCCUCUACUCCCCACCACAGCAUAACUACUCCUCCCCCAUGGCGAACAAGCCCCCAAACCCCCGGAGUUCACGGGUCGGCGGUUCCCACAAUCACCUGGACCUCCGUUUGGACCUACCAAGGGCUUCCUCUGAUGGCUCCAGUUGUGGUGAUUCCUCUGCGUGCGUGAGCCCCCGGAUACUCUCCCCUCCUCCUAUUGGGGUCCCAGUUUGGACAAAUAAUGUAGCAGCACCUCAACCCAGGAACCUUCGCCAUUCAGCUUCGCCUUCCUUGUUUUCGUCCACUUCAGGAUCUCAAACGUACAGGAGUCCUUCCUCCCCUCUUCCUUCCCAAAUCGUCCGCAGGACCCUUUCCUCCACCCUUUCAGACAGACCUUCAAGUCCAGCCCGGAGCGCACAGCGUCGUUCCUGGGCGGACUUCGGCCAAAGAUCCCUCGGCUUCACUGGAUCCAUCCGAGGAUCCUUUGAACAGCAGGAGUCCUGUCCGAUUAGUCCAAGCAGCGGGUGGACCUCCCACAGCAGCUCCCCGACCUGCCUGAGCCCUCGAGCCGGUCUGCAGUGCCCCGUCUCCCCAACCAGGUUAACCUCUGGUAAGGGUGCUAUUAGUGGGCAACAUUUCACCAGCGUCCCUUGGCCAGAUGUCCGAGAGUUGUCAAGCAAAUACAACGGAGAAGACAGUCCAGAAACAAGUGUGAGUCCCACUGUGUCCAUGUCUCCAGGACAUCUCAUCCCUUCGCCGUGUCCAACAGACGGCCAGACUGACUGGGCCAACCCACAACUGGAGGAGGGAAGCUGUCGCACUCGGCUGAUUUGUGCUUACGUCACCCGGCCCUCUCACCUGCAAACCGUUUCCUCCUCGUCAUGCCUGAUCUUCUCCCCGUCUGGGUUGACCUCCCCUCCACCGGAGUCACAGCAGCUCCACGGCCUCCCGGUCCAGAGGCAAGCUCAGGUCACUGCCUCUCCCCCUCCAUCCUCAACGCUCUCCCCAUCACGCAGCAUACUGUCCCCGUUGCCCAAACAGGGGAGCCAGAAGCCCAGUUAUGCCACCACAGUGAACCUCCAGAUCGCUGGAAGCGGCCGAAUAACCUCGUACAGCACCGCCCAGGUUAGCCUGACUCAAACCCUGCAGGGCGGAGCCGGUCCUCCGGGGAGCCAGGACCAGAUGGCGAGAAGGUUGAGCGUCAACGGAUUCUCCCCCGUUCCUCAGGGGUGCAACAGGCCAUGACGGGAAGAACGUCGGCCAUGGAUCCGUUUCUGAGAACUAGCAGGAUGGAGAACGAUGGCUUGGGGAAAAACUGUAAGGACAACAUCUUUAGUUGCUGGUCAAGACCCUCUGGAUCUGGUCCUAAUCUGGACCUGACCUAAACAGGAGGACAUGUGGUUCAGAUUUCCACAUCAGUGCGUUUCAGUUGGUUGCGAACUGAAAAGACCAUUUUGAAUCUGAAGAGGUUUACUCGCACAUGGAUCACAAAGCUUUUGGGGUCCAAAGAAAUCCACACAAUUUAACGCUGGACAUGAAGACCUGGGAUGUCAUGGACAGGUUGAAAGUUGAAUUUCUGAAAGAAAGGCUCCCUAAAACGAGAGUUUUAAUGUUCUUUGGCUCAUGUUGGAGAGCAGGAGGACCUCUGAAAGGACGACUCCUGGAAGUUUUGCAUUAUUUUAUUCUGUAACAACCUGUAACUUUUUUAAUUUCUUUUAUUCCUGUUUUUAUUUAUGAAGUUAGUCUCCUCCUUUUGGCACUUAAUCUCCUGAAAGUCCUCUUGGUAUUUUUGCACAGAGUUCUUUUUAAAUGACGAGUCUGCAGGUUCUCAGAGGACUUCAGACCAAACUUGUUUCUGUUUAUGGUUUCGUGUUGCUCUCAGCACUGCAGCUCGUUCAGAUGUUCUCAUACAUCUUCCAGCUGUGUGAACAAAUACUGUCAUCAUAUCGGUUACAUCAGGUCUAAUGCAUGUUGGGUUUGUUCUGGUCCGGAGGCUCGAUGUCCACCAGGCUGCUGGAGACCAACUGGGAUCUUUGUGACAGAAAGAAAUAAAAACUAGUAUCUCCA